AGUCACCGCGUGGACACCGUAGGGGGAGGGUGUGCCGCCUAUGCUACUGCUGCCUUGCCCACGUGGCCACUCGACCUGUACCUUCCUGCACGCACCUGACGGCUGCUUAAUUAUGGACGCAGGAUAUACACUAAUGAGCUUCACGCCGCGAGGACAGUGCCACCAGCCCUGAGGCGAGACGACACUUGUGUGAAACGUGCUUGCAACAUGACAAUGAAGCCCGUGACGGAGACUGAACGCAACACAAGCCCUCAGGAUUGCGCGGGCUGCGGGAAAAGGAUUAAUGACAGGUUCCUGCUGAAGGCGCUGGAGAUGUACUGGCACGAGGACUGCCUGAAGUGUGGGUGCUGUGACUGCCGGCUGGGCGAGGUGGGCUCCACUCUCUUCACCAAGGGAAACCUCAUCCUCUGCCGCAGGGACUAUCUUAGGCUGUUCGGGACCACUGGCUACUGUUCCGCCUGUUCCAAGGUGAUUCCUGCCUUUGAAAUGGUGAUGCGGGCGAGAAACAACGUCUAUCACCUUGAAUGUUUCGCGUGCCAGCAGUGCAAUCACAGAUUCUGCGUUGGUGACAAGUUUUAUCUCUGUGACAACAAGAUACUUUGUGAAUAUGACUACGAGGAGCGGCUUGUCUUCGCUUCCAUGGCCUGCACGCCCUCCAGCCUGGCCCAGCUCAAGCGGCAGAUAGGAGGAUUGGAUGGCCCCACGGUAAUAGAAGACGUCAGGAAGGGCCAGACACCCCCAACAGCCACCCCCUCCCUUCACCCUACACCACUGCACCACCACCACCACACCACCACGCCUUCACAGCAACCACAACAACAACAGCAGCAGCAGACGACCCCACAGCUGCUGCAACAGGGCCCAGGGCAGACGGGCACGCAGACACAGCAGCAGCAGCACCAGACACAGCAGGGGUCACAGCAGAGGCCAAUGGUAACCUGAUGUCAAGAUAGCGCUGCACAUUCCGCUGUUUCCUCCUAGUGCUGUUCCUCCCUGCUGUUCAGUUUGUUCAUUCCACGUCCCUCUGUGGCCGCGGACUGCUGUUAACGGUGCUGUUCUGUUCCGGGUGCUGUGUGUUGAGUAACUGUGCUGAUUAGUGCUGCGGAAACCUGAAAGACUGAGAAGGGAAGAGAAAAUUAAGAAAAUGACUGUGAUUGAGUGAUUAUCAUAUUAUUGGUAAGUGUGUGAAAUCUACGAGACUGAGAGUGAAGCGCGGUGGUGGAGACAUGUGUGGACAGGUGUGGGCAGGUUUGUAAAUAGUGUACAUUGAACGAUGUGGUAAAAAAAAUGACGUUUAGUUGACGUGUUAUGUUCUGUAGUGAUGUUCUAUACUGUGCUGUGCUGAUGUACCCUAUGUAUGUGUGUGUGUGUGUGUGUGUGUGUGGACGCUACCCCUGCAAUACGUCACUCUCCUUUCACAGUGCUAUAGUGACCAGCUUACAGUGAAGUCUGCCUCGUGCUGUGCUAGGAAAACUCGUCUCCCUCAUCCCGAAUGUUGCUUGGUAUUAAAAUGUUUCAUGGAAGUGAGAAUAUGAGGUGAUGUGUGUGUGUGUGUGUGUGUGUGUGUGUGUGUGUGUGUGUGUGUGUGUGUGUGUGUGUGUGUGUG